AUGUCUUUGAGAAGAAGAGAGAGGCACGUAGGCCGCAGUCCUCUUGAUGGAGCUGGUCGGCUGCACUCGGUCCUGCUCGAUGCCGACGAGAAACGACCCCGUCGGCCGUAUUGGCGAAAGGCGUUACGGCAGCUUAUCAUUUUUUGUCUAUCUUUGAUGAUUUUUUGGGUUUUCUACAGUUCUUUACCAUUAGCCAGACAAUCUUCUUUACUUGACUCGAUUGGGCGGCAAUUUCUUUCCGAAAUGACCUGGUCGAUCGUUCGACAAGAACGUAACGCGAUUGCUGGGUUGGUUGUUCAGAUUGUACCGAAAGCGACAGUUUUGACCGAUUUUAAACCAAUGGCUCUACCACUCUUGGCUCUGCCAAUCACCACAGACGAUGCUGAAGACUUUGGUGCUUUAAACAUAAAUUCGCUGGGUACUUCAGAUUGGGUUCGUUCGAUUGCCGCUGACGAAUAUGAAAAAUAUGAAGCGGAACGCGGUUCUUGGAUGGAUCACAUGGCUCAGCUGCAGCCCAAUCUUCCCGACAAACUGUUGUACAACGACGACAUCGUGGGAAAGCCUACCUGUCGAAGGAACAACUGGGCUCGCGUGUCUCAUCCCACAUGUAAUAUUUUGCACGAAACCCGAUUCGACCAAUCCUACGAACCAACGGAACUAUUUCAAGAAUACAAAGUCAAGUUUGCGGGCGAUGGUGCAUAUCGGAGUGUGUGGAUUCUUGAGCGGCCGGCCGUAUCUACGUUUGCUCUGAAACAGUUUCAGCUAGAAGAAUACGAGUUAGGUGUUCGUGAGCACUUUCAAGUUCAGAAAGAAGCCUCGAUCCUGGACGCGUUGUCCGACAGCCCUCGUAUCAUUAAUAUCCACGCCCAUUGUGGAGUAUCUCUUUUCAUCGAAUCAGCGGUUGGUACGCUAGAAGCAGAAUUGGCGUCCACAAACGGAACGAUUGAGUUGCAUGAACUCGGCCAGUUGCAACGAUUAGACGUGCACCCCCUGAACAAUUUGACACUGGCAGAAAAGCUGGACCUCGCCUUAGCUAUGGCAGAAUCUUUGGCAGAUAUACACGGUUUUGAAGGUGGGGCAAUCGGCCACGGCGAUAUACAUCCCUCACAGUGGCUUCAAAUGGCAAAUGGCGGCGUCAAACUAAAUGAUUUCAACUCCGCCGAAAUAUACGAGUACAAUGUUGACGAAGGCGUCUAUUGCAAAACUUAUCACAACUUUCCAGGAGCAUUCCGAAGUCCUGAAGAAGUCCAGCAUCGCCCCUCCAACGAAAAGAUUGACGUUGUGCCUUUGGGAAACAGCAUUUACGUCCUCGUAACGGGACUUUUUCCGUACUACGAGUUGGGCGACAGUGAAAAGGAAGCAAAUCGCAAGGUCAAGCAAGGAGUCCAUCCUUACGUUGAUACGCGCUACCGCAACCGAUCUGUCGUCGAACGAGAACUUAUUGACGUCAUGGAACGUUGCUGGGAAUUUGAUCCAGAUAGCCGAGUGUCUUCAUUCGAAGUUGUGUCACGAUUGAGAAAUCUCAAAGCAAUGGUCGCGGAGAAGCAAAUCUAG